CGGGGAACUCAAAGCCUGUGAGGUUGAGACGGGCAUCGUGAAAAAAAAUACAAGGUCACUCAAGAGCAAUCGGUCGCAUCGAUGUCAAGUUCGCAGAUGGCAGUACGCUGUUGGCGAGCGGGUCGCUGGAUCAAACCGCACGGAUCAUAUAUGGAAUUUGAUCACUGGCUGGUCCAUUCAGGAGUGCUCAUAUGCCGUGGAAUGGGAAGUGUCUUGAUGUUCAAUCACAGUAGGGCAAAAGAAUCUCAAGAUCUUAUACCUGGAAUUACAUUUGCGCCAUCGCUCUGGACCAGCAGAAACACAACCAUCUUGGCUGCAUUCGCUUUUAUGGCUGACGACGCCAUGACGCUUCAUGACGCAUCGACACUGAAUACUGUCGGAGCCCCCUUUGAAUGGCACACCAAGGCUAUUCCUGGUCUAGCACUUUCAUUCGAUGGUGCUCUCCUUACCAGUGCUUCCGACGACGCCACCAUCAAGCUCUGGGCCGUCGGGUCACAUCAGCUCCUGCCUCGCUCGACGUUCAGAAUCCCAAUUUUCUUAUCCCCUCACCUGGCUCACGCCAAAUAGCUUACACGAGAUUGCCCGACGAUGAUCAGCAGACCUAUAUAUGCGACACUCCACCCGAAAUUCUGGCCUGCAUCUUGCCUGCGCCGGAAGCACAGUCCACCCUUCUCAAAGUACGCAUUUAGCCAUCUUCUGCGCUCUGAAAGACCAAGUGCCACCAUCAAUAAUUUACUCGAUUCUGACGCAACCAGUUUUAAUCCUGCUGUCAAGUGUUG